UAAAAAUUGACAAGCCUCGAGUCUGUCAAAAAGCAGCCUAAUUUUGGCAGCACAAAUCAAAAGCAGCGCUCGACGAGAAGAGCAUUGCUGCCAGCGAACAAAAAUGGACCUCGAGGACGCGCCACAAGAGGACCCCGAUGCAGGGCUCAGCGUCGGCACGGUCCACGCCGCAUUUAUCCUAAGCGCCGCCGUCGCCGUGGCGCUAACCUUCGGCAAGGACCUCAUCAAAGGCAAGCUCAGCACGAAUUCUGACGUGGGCGGCCAGACGCCGCAGUUCAAAGCCUUCCAGCGGACGUACCUGACCGUCUACCUGCUCAUGAUGGCGGGCGACUGGCUCCAGGGGCCCUACAUGUACGCGCUCUACGACGCCUACGGCUUCAAGCACGAGGAGAUCGCGGCGCUGUUUGUUGCUGGUUUUUUUUCCGCGCGGACGUCAAAUUUCAAUCUCGUACGUGUGGAGUAGUCUCCGUCGAGAGAGUGUCGCGGCGAUGGCGUGCGGUUGGGGUGCCCCUCGAUGACGGUGGCUCACCCGGUCGCAUCGCGCGCCGGGAGGAGCAGAAAACUCACAAACGCCAGUUGGCGCCCGCCGGCGCGGCGUCGCGGCCGGGGCGCGCGGGAUGCGCUCGGUUGCCGAAGGACCGCACGCACCGGGGCACGCGCCGGCGGGGCUCCGAGAGAGCGGGCGCGAGGCGGAGCGCGCCGAGGCGGGCGCGGCGGGCGCGGCACACACACGCAACACAGAGAACGGCGGUGACAACAAAUCGCGGCGACGCGGCGCUGCGCGCGCCGGGCCUCUGCUGAGAGAACAACGAGAGGCCGCGUCGAUGAUGCGGAGAACACACACGUUGAGUCGCAAAAGCGACACAAAAAACAAGAGAAAAAACAAAACACAGGCUUCGGCUCCUCCAUGCUCUUCGGCACGGUCGCCGGCUCGCUCGCCGACACGCUCGGCCGCAAGCGCGGCGCGCUCGCCUACGUCGUCGUCUACGCGGCGUCGUGCGUGACGAAGCACUGGCGCUCCUACGAGGUCCUCAUGUUCGGACGAGUCUUAGGCGGCAUCGCCACGUCGCUGCUCUUCUCGGUCUUCGACUCGUGGCUCGUGGCCGAGCACGCGAGCCGCGGCUUCGAGCCGGCGUGGCUCUCGACGACGUUUGCGAAUGCGCAAGCGGGCAAUAGUAUCGUCGCGAUCCUCUCGGGUGUAUUCGGAGAGUGGAUCGCGGGCACGACGCCGAUGCGCGUGUUGGUGGCGGGAAGUACCGGAGGCGAGGACGCCGCGCCGGACGGCGCGAUCAUGUGGGGCGGCUACUGCUUACCGUUUGACGCCGCCGCCGUCUUUUUGCUCAUCGGCGGCUUCGUGAUCAUGACGACGUGGAACGAGAACUACGGGGACACGAAGCAGAGUUCGGGCGCGGAUGGCCUCCGCGAGUCGCUCACCAAAGGACUUUUACUGUUGGCGAGGGACCGCCGCGUGCUACUCGUGGGCCUGGUCUGCUCGUGCUUCGAGGCGGCCAUGUACGCCUUCGUGUUCGAGUGGACGCCGGCGCUGACGGCGGCGAACGCGCCGCGGUGACGCACGCGGCGUCGCGAGAGUGCCUUCAAAGUCGGCUCGACGGCCAAUGGCGGGUCGCGGCGAUGGCGUACUCGUGGAUUAUUGGUACUCGAGGACGCAUCCGUGCAUCCGUCGAGAGUAUCGCGGCGAUGCCAUGCCACGGUGGGGUAGAAGUACUCGCGAUGCCAUGCCACGCCGCCACCCCGGAACCCAACGACGCGGACGCGGCGCGCCCAGAGAGGCCAUCGCGUCGCACCCCGGGAAAGGAAAAAAAAAAAACUCACAGAAAUAACAAACACAGGCCGCCGUACGGCGAGAUCUUCGCGGCGAUGAUGCUCUGCUGCGCGGCGGGCACGCGCUUAUUCGGCUUCCUCGCGGAGAGCCGGGGCCCGGAGGACUUCGCGCGGCCGCUGUUUGUGGUCGCGUCUCUAUUUCUACUGGCGCCCGUCGUCGCGCCGUCGAACUACGUGCUCGCAUUAGUAGCCUUCCUGCUCUUCGAGGGCGUCGUGGGCUGCUACUUCCCAGCGCUGGGCACGCUCAAGUCCAAGAUUGUCCCGGACGCGCAGCGGUCGACGAUCUACAACAUCUUCCGCGUGCCACUGAACGUCCUCGUGCUGCUCGUAUUACUGUCGAAGCUGCCGACGCAGACCGUGUUUGCGGUGUCGGCGUUACUAUUACUGUCGGCGGCCAUAUUGCAACACAUGCUCUUCGCGGCGAUGCGCGGCCACGCGGACGUGCUCGACGCGCACGGCGUCGACGCCAAGGACCCGCUCGUGUCGGUGUAGGGUUGCGUCGACGGCGUUUCGCUCGUAAUCAUCAAGGAACAUA